CGCCGUCCACGUUUCACAGUUUACCAUGGUAAUUCACCGAGUACUUAAAUAGCGAAGAGAGAGAAUCCAUUCAGUCUCUCAAAAAAUCGCGGCUUGCCAAUCGUCUCCGCUCCGCUCAUCCCUUUAGAUCCUUCGUCGAAAGAGCCGACUGAUCGAUAGGCAGCUAGGACUAGAACUAGAAGUAAGAAUGGGGCUUACAUUCGCGAAGUUGUUCAGCAAGCUUUUUGCCAAGAGAGAAAUGCGUAUUUUGAUGGUAGGUCUUGAUGCGGCCGGUAAGACCACUAUCUUGUACAAGCUCAAGCUCGGUGAAAUUGUCACCACGAUCCCUACUAUCGGGUUUAAUGUGGAGACGGUGGAGUAUAAAAACAUCAGCUUCACUGUUUGGGAUGUUGGUGGUCAGGACAAGAUCCGUCCACUGUGGAGGCACUACUUCCAAAACACUCAGGGUCUAAUUUUUGUGGUUGAUAGUAAUGACAGGGAUCGAGUUGUUGAGGCUAGGGAUGAGUUGCACAGGAUGUUAAACGAGGAUGAACUGAGGGAGGCUGUUCUUCUUGUAUUUGCCAACAAACAAGAUCUUCCAAAUGCGAUGAAUGCUGCGGAGAUAACUGACAAGCUUGGUCUCCAUUCUCUACGCCAACGCCACUGGUACAUCCAGAGCACGUGUGCCACUUCUGGUGAGGGCCUGUACGAGGGGUUGGAUUGGCUUUCCAACAACAUUGCUAGCAAGGCAUGAGACAUCAAAGAAAUCUGGUUUCUGGCGAUCUGGGAGUAUGAAUGCACUUUUCCCGUGGCUGUUGUAAUGGCUGAAUGUUUGUCUAGGCCGUUUAUAUAUAUGGGUUUGUGUGGUUGCUACUUUAGCUAAAUACUUUUAGCUUCUAAACAAAGCUUUUAUGUUGUUACCAUCUUUUUUGGUCACGACCGCACUUAAUGGUAAUGCUUGUUCGCCUUAUUAUUGACGGUCGGAAUUUUACAUUGGAUGAAAGAAUGAAGGCAAUGUCACUGUCAUGGCCA